AUGCAUAACUCACCCUCGACGAUUUUCUUUACAUUCCUGGCUCUUUUUGAUAUGUUUGUCGCUGGGGAUGUCGCUACAGCAAAGAAAGAAGACGGUUUACAGUCGGGCAAGGGACCGAAAGUUCAAGUUGACUCAGCGCCUCCACCGGGAAUUCCGAUAGACAUCAGAGGCUUGGACUGUACUUGUAGCAGCGUCAAUGAAGGGAACGGUUGUGGGUCGGCGGUAGAUGGUGACACAAGCACGUACUGGCAUAGCAAGUUUGAACCAAAAGAUGAGCCUUUACCGCACACGAUCACGAUGGACUUUAGAGAUCCCACGCUCAUAUGUGGCGUGGAAUUGGUGUCACGACAGGACGGUAGCAACCAUGGACGCGUGUAUAUGCACGAGAUCCGAUGCGACGACAAGCUUGUCGCGUACGGCACGUGGGCUGCGGAUGAGUUUGCGAAGUUCUCGACCUUCCAGCCUAUAGAAUGCCGCAAAGUCAGCCUUACUCACACGAAAGGGGUAGACGAUCAACCGUGGACUUGCAUAGCUGAAUUGAAAUUCUUUAAACCAGACGCCGCAGCUACGAAGGACACAACGCUGGGAGCUUGGCUUCACACCAUCGAUAUGCCUAUGGUGCCUUCCGCCUGCGCCGUAAAUCACAAAGGGCAGAUCAUAGCAUGGGCUUCCUGGAUGGGUCACCAAUUCACGAAUGGUCCAGGUGGUAAAACGUUGACUAGCGUCGUGGAUAUGGAAAAAAUGACGGUCACAGAACGCAUGGUCACUGAAACGGAUCAUGACAUGUUCUGUCCUGGUAUUUCCACGGGCCAACGUGGAGAAAUGGUUGUGGUUGGUGGUAACAACGCUAAAAAAACAAGCAUAUACAAAAUGGAGGACGACACCUGGAGCCCGGCACCAGACAUGACCAUUUCGCGCGGCUACCCCGCUUCCGCCACCUGCUCGGACGGAAGAAUUUUCACGAUCGGCGGAUCGUGGAGCGGUGGCGAAGGCAACAAGAACGGAGAGAUAUUCGACCUUGACACAAGACAGUGGACUGGACUUCCAGGGUGUCGGGUGGACCCUAUGGUGACGGGCGACAGGCAAGGUGUCUACCGGGGAGAUAAUCAUGGUUGGCUGUUCGGCUGGAAAGGUAACACCGUCUUCCAGGCUGGUCCGAGCAAGAAUAUGAACUGGUACUCGGUCGACGGUAAGGGUGCCGUUAAGGGUGCCGGCAAACGGGCGGGUGACGAUGAUGCCAUGUGUGGCACCGCUGUGAUGUGGGAUGAAGGCGAAAUCUGCACUUUCGGCGGAUCGCCUGAUUACACUGACUCGGAGGCCUCAAACAAGGCGUUCUGCAUGACCAUCAAAGACCCCAACACAAAUGUAGAAGUCCGCGCAGUGAAGGAAAUGGCCUUCAAACGCAUCUUCCACAACGCUGUGGUCAUGCCGGAUGGGAACAUCUGGAUUUGCUGCGGACAGGAAGUUGGCCAGCCGUUCAGCGAUGAUAAAUCUCACACUAUACCGGAAAUCUACAAUCCUAGGGACAAUACGAUGAAGCAACUUUCUCCGGGUAAUGUCCCUCGUAACUACCACUCAACCGCCGUUCUCCUUAAGGACGGUUGUAUCGCAUCAGGUGGAAGCGGCUUGUGCGGAACCUGCACCACGAACCACCCCAACUUCCAAGUUUACUGUCCUCCGUAUCAUUUCGACAAGGAUGGAAACGAAGCAGUCCGACCUAAGAUCAUUAGUAUGUCAACUGAGAACGCAGUACACGGAGAUACAAUUACGAUGAAAACCGAUAGUAAAGUAAAAAGUGGGUGCAUAAUUCGUAUAGGCAGCACUACACACACUGUAAAUACCGAUCAAAGGCGAAUUUCGGUAAAGAUAGAACCACAACAACAAAGGAACGGGGACCCCUUUACGUGCUCCUUUAAGGUGCCUGACGAUCCCGGUGUUUGCAUUCCGGGCUAUUACUGGGUGUACGUGCUCAACGAUCAAAAUGUACCGUGUGUUGCGAGGGUAAUGCACGUGGGACUUAAGAAAAAGAAUUGA